GUAUUUAUGUUUUCUUUGUUUUUUUUUUACAUGGAACUUUAAUUGUGAAAUUAAAAAGGAAGUUUGCCCGACUCCAUGUUGACGGAAGUCAAGGGAAACCGUCAAUGGACGCUGCGCUUCUCUGCUCAUUCCUUCUUUGUUUUUUUCAUUAGUAAAUCUUAAUUUAACUUUUUGGUACUUUUGUAUUGUUUCAUCUCAUCUGCUCAUCGGAUGGGACAAUGUGACCAGGCUCUAGUGUUUGAUUGGCUGACAAAUCCGUCACUCAGCCCUCGGCGAUAAAAGCAGCUGCUUCCGGUUUCAGUUUGACGUUUGAAAUAAUCGGCAAAACAUAAUAAUGUGUUACUUUUACUGUUAAAAAAUAAUACAUACGUGUAUUUGGUAGUUAUAUAUAUUUAUGUAUUUUGUAUUUGUUUUUUGACAUGGAACUUUAAUUGUGAAAUUAAAAAGGAAGUUCACCCGACUCCAUGUUGACGGAAGUCAGGUGAAACCGUCAAUGGACGCUGCACUUCUCUGCUCAUUCCUUGUUUGUUUUUUUCAUUUGUAAAUCUUAAUUGAACUUUUUGGUACUUUUUUAUUGUUUCCUCUCAAUCGACGCUCACGCUGACCGCAAUGUGGGACCACGAGAUCCGAGCCAUGGCGAGCACCCACGCCAUCAUCGCCGCUUCGGUGUUCGUGGCGACCGUGGUGCCCGCUGCUGUCGUACCGGGGUUCUCGGUGUAUGGAACCCACCUUCUGUGGCUCUACUCGGUGUCCGGGGCGGUCACCUCGGUCAGUGUCGCCAUCUUCUGGCUGCUCGGCAUCUCCCCGCCGACCAAGAAGCACACGUUGGGAUACAAGCUGUCAAGGUUGUUCCGUUCCUGUUUGUACUUCUUCCUGUCCUGCUUGUUCUUCCACACAGUCGUGGUUCUCUACGGCGCCCCGCUGAUCGAGUCGGCGGUGGAGACCUUCUCUCUGGCCGUGCUGCUGUCCUCCCUCACCACCCUGAGGUGUCUCUGCGUCCUCGGACCAAACGUCCAGGCCUGGAUCCGAGUGUUCAGUCGCCACGGCGCCAUGUCCGUGUGGGACACCUGUCUCCAGAUCACUGUGGCCCUUACGGUGGUGGGAGCUUGGGUGGGAGCUUUCCCGAUUCCUCUGGACUGGGACAGGCCUUGGCAGGUUUGGCCAGUUUCCUGCAGCCUGGGCGCCAUAUUUGGCUACCUGUCGGGUCUGGUGGUGGCGCCGGCGUGGAUCCACUUCCACCGCAAGCAGCUCACCUACAAGUGUAAAUAGAUGUGCACUCCUGGUAUUUAUUUGGAACAUUUAAAGACUGAACAAAAGGGCGACACUGGGUCUCCAAUGUUUUUUUUACAGAAAACAGAAGGAUUAUGGGGGUCACUUUGACACAUUAAACAUGAUAAAACAAUGUUGCGUCAUAUAUGCUGAGCUGUCUCAUGUUAGCUUUGGCACUUGGGUUUUUCCAUACGCCUCACUUUUGGUAUAUUUUGUCUCGGUUAUCAACACAGCCAAACAUUGCACGUGACAAACAAGCCAGUCUGUUAGGGCUGGACCCCCAGGGUGCAGAGGCACAGGCGACGUGCAGGAAGUGUCUUAAAUCAUACUCGCACAGAGAAAAUCCACACGUCGCAAAAGGCGGACACAAAUAAAGACCGGGAAAAUUGUAAUUGGGAUAAGGUAAACAUCUGUUCAGUAUUUUAACAUAAAAGUGUUUGAUUGUGAGGCAUUAAAAGCCAAAUUUAUUUGGCUUUUAAUGCCUCGGGUUCCUCGACCCAAUUUUUCCACUCAAAUAUGAACACUGAAUUAAUAAUCCCACGCUUGAUUUGAAUCGUAUUCAAAAAUGAUAUCUAACUGCCAGGUUCAAACACUGAUGACAGCUAUUAAACAAGACAAGAAGCAAGGAAUUAAACAGAGACAGAAUCAAAUUUGUUGUUACUCAGCCACAAACGCUGGCUGAGUAACAACAAUAUAAACAUUACACAAGGGUUCAUUCAUUAUUUUUUUGAAAUACAAAAGUAAACACAUUUUUAUGCAUAUGUAAAUGUAUUCAGUAAUAAACAUUCACUUUCUUCGUGGAUCUAAACUUUACCACUGCCGGUAUUUUUUUCUAUAUUUUUAUUGUAAUAUUUUCAGAAUGUGUUUCCAGCCAAAGUAAGACAAAGAAAAUAAUCUGAUUUUUUCUUUAUUUUUUUACUUUGAAUGCCAUGAUUUUAAUAGUCCGGCCCGCGUGUGCACAGAUUUUCCUCCAUGCGGCCCCUGAGCUAAAAUGACUUUGACACCUUUGCUCUACAUCACAAGUGUCAAACUCAAGGCCCGGGGGCCAGUUCUUCUACAUCAUUUUAUGUGGCCCGCCAAAGCAUGGAAAAAAAUCGUCUUUCAAUAAAAUACUUGGUUGUUUUUUUUGGUCAUUUUUACUCUUUUUAAUUUUGACAGAAAAAAAAAAGCAUAUUUAAAACUUUAAUCUUAUCUGAUCAU